CCUUAGAUCGUUGCCGCUGUUUUCUUUUCCUAAUUUGUUGUAUUAGGCGAAAUACGGGGAUGUUAUCGGGCUGUGACGUGACAGGCCCUUCCCCAUAUUCUGGAAGAAUCUUGCUACGUGUAAUACAGUAGGCGUAGACGAAGUGGACAAAGGUUAUAUAAGGUCGUGUGUGCUUCAAUAAAUCGCCAUUUUACCACGCUACCACCUUGGUGUCACUUGGUAAUUGGUCUAACUACUGCUUCAGUUGGAGGCGAGAGAUCGUAAAGCCAUUAACGAUCAUAAAGCCUUCAAAUGGUGACCGCCGACGUGAUUCGUCACGAUUAGGCGUGAUUAGGGACUUUUGGAGCAAGGUGGGAGAGCGAGCUCGGAAUCCCGGAAUCUCGGAAUCUCGGGGACCCCCAGGAACCUUCGGGGAAGCGCCAGGGAGCGGCCAGGAGAACUACGUUCGGCCGGGGCGACAUGGAAGCCGUUAUCAAGGUAAUUCUUCACGCUUGCAAACUUCACUGUGGGAAACAGGCUCCUUCCAAAAAGGAGGUAACAGCAGUUCUUUCGCUGCUGGAAAAGGAAGGGCUUUUAACAAACCCGUCUGAUUUAUACAAUCCUGGCAGAUGGGAUGGAAUUACGGCCGCACUAUCUCAAAGGUCGCUGGCCACUCGAAAAGUAUCAGAAUUCAAAGUAUGGGGACUUAUCUUGGAGGCGCUGAAAGCAGCACGGGAGGAGAAGCUAGCAAACCAACGUGCUAGAGACAUUCUGGGUUUGGAGACGGGGGGAGGCCGGGGGGGGAGUCUUGACUCUCUUACAGAUUCAGUGCAAGGCAAGAUGGCGCCGGCUCCCCCGAACACACCUGUUCCUUCGCCUAAGACGGACAUUCCAGAAGGCAGCCCUGAACAGGAGGACACCCCGCCUCCGCCCCCCUAUCCUAACUCCUCGUAUCCUUCAUUGGACGCCUACAGGGAUGAAGGGGGAGGGAAGCCCCUCGAGGAAUGCGAUGUUGCUACUGUACCUGAUAAGAACAAGGACAAGGGAGAGAGAAAGGGGGGAGGCAUGGUGGUGCCACCAGAGCUGAAAGGAGGAGGUGUGGUCCCACCAGAGCUGAAAGGGGGAGGUGUGGUGUCACCAAGGAAAAGUGUAAGGAGGGGUGGUACUUCUUCGUUGUCGGGUCCCGCCUGUUGCUGUGCGUAUGCCCAGAAAGGGGGGGAUCGUGCCAACCCAUGUGAUAGUGAAGGUGAAUGUGGGUGUGAUGAUUUCAUGUGGCCCGCCCAAGGGGCUGGCCAAGCCGCCCAAGGUGCCGCCCAAGGUGCCACCCAAGGGGGAUGUGGUCCUGCGUGGGCCGCCCAGGGGGCCGCCCAAGGGGGAUGUGGCCCCACGGCACCCGUACCGUGGAGCCCACCCACUUUCACUGAUUGGGCCCAGACAAGGGAGGACCUCCAGACAGCCGACCCGGAAACAACAGCUUUUGCCCUCCCGAUAAUAGUGAAACAGGAUGGUCCGGCUUGGACCCCUCUGGAUUCCAAGGCGAUUACUCGCCUUGCAGAGUUAGUUAAGAACAAGGGCUUGCGUUCUCCGGUAACUAUGUCAGCAAUUGAGGCUCUCAUGGCCUCGAGUCUCCUGCCGUACGAUGUGGUCAGUCUCAUGAGGGUGAUUCUUGAGCCCGUGCAGUACACGCUGUGGUAUGAUGAAUGGAAUAGAUUGCUUCAGGCUGUUGUCGCUGAGGCAGCUCGUAAUAACAAUCAUCCGGCUAAUGCGCAUACAGGUCAGGGCCGUGGAGCUAGGGUUGAAAGAACUACUCUCUUGCGCCUUCAGGGACUAGCAGAUGGUAUUGGUGGGAUCCCCGAGGGUCAAGCAAAGAGGGGACUGAGAGCGGCGGGAGUUGCUGCGCGCUUACAAAGGCAGCCCCUUCAGGCGCUGCGAGACAGUGGCUAA